AUGGUACUUAUGGUAUCAAGAUAUCGAGAUAUAAUUGAAACAAAUCAAACAAAUUUUUCUAGACAACCAUCAAUUAUAAGUACAACACCUAGUAUUCGACAUGGUUCGACUAGUGAGAUAAAUGUAGAUACAGUUAGUAUAAAUGAUUCAACAUCGAUUACAAAUAAUCAAAAUAAUGAUGAAUCAACAGUUAUUGAUGAUAAUAAUGAAGUUAAUAAAAUAAAUUUACAAUCGACUAAUAAAAAUUCAAUAGAUAUAAAUAAUACAAGUGCUACAGCUACUCAAUACGGUAUAUAUGAUGUAGAGAAUGAUUCAACAACAAUAAAUAAAAAUCAAUUAACUGAAUCAACACUGCCCGAUUAUCCAAAAGCAAAUUUUAAUUCAAAUCAAUCAUCAAUAAAUAUAACAGAAAAAUUAGAACGAGCAUUAUUGAAUAUAGCACCAUUUUUACGUGAUAUAUUUAUAGAAUUUUCACAUAUACUUACAAAAACAUUAGUUGAUUCACAUGGACAAGAAUUAUUACCUAAUGGUUUACAUGCACUUAAACAAAUAGCAUCAGUUGUUGAACUUGUUAUGCUUUUAUGUUCACAAGAAUGGCAAAAUUCUCUUCAAGUAAUAUUUAA